AAACAACGAAAAUCCCUAGACACAAUUAUUUCAAUAGCCGUUCAACAUGGCCGAUGCUACUGAUUCAUUGGGCGAUUAGCAGAUUCUUUUCUAAUUGUUUUGUAAUUUAGUUUUGCAAUAUGAUUUGAACCAAGAUAAGCCAGCAAUGGAGUCUCCUCCGUCCACUUCAAUCUGGUCAGAGGCAUUUAUACUAAGUGAUGACAGUGGCUUGCUUCUGACCAGCAGCUCAAUAUCAAGUGGAGAAAGUCGCACUGGCAUGGGCCAAUUUACUUUUGAGUUGCAAGACAGUGACAAGUCAUUAUCACAAGCAGAUUCAUUAGAUGGCAUGUCAGAUAUUAUUUGUGGUGAGAAUUUCAACACAUUGAAGAAGGGCCCACAUUGGAGUGAGACUAAGACAUCUCCCAUAGAACCACCACUAGAGUUUCAGGAUCAUCCAAUUGUAUAUGAUUCAUUUGCAGCAGACAUAGCAUGCACAGUUAUUCAAGAAGCAAUCAAUGAAACGUCACAGCAGCACACGCGACAGCAGAAGAUCAAUGCUAUGAACCUGCAGGUCUUUCGGCCUAUUCACCAGGUGUAUCAGCGCUCUUACUGGACGCAGGAUUUCCUCCCGUUCAGCCCGUGCCACGCCGGCCGACCGAGCUCACGCAGCUCCCUCGGUUCAUCGCGUCUCUCCAGCUCGCACAAUUCGUUAUCAGUUCCUACAGCACACCGCGCCGACGACUCCAGUUUUAUCACGCAGGCGGUCUCACAUGACACGCUCUCAUCGAAUCGCAUCAGCGACCUGUACAAUGUGCCGUUCGACAGCGAUGUAUAUGCUGUGCCAGUGGACACGGUAAGGCCGCCGUUGCGUCCGAGGCGGAACUUAGCGCACAAGAAGCGCCGUCGGAAUACAUCGUCCGGCUUUCGCGAGCUUGAGAAAACGCACGCCAAACAGGUGAAGAAGACCACCUCAAAAUCGGAGCAUUUUGCGCUUUGUAGUGGAAACAACGCGAAGCGACAUAGCGUCGCCGGCACGUCUUCAACCACUGGCGAGGCGACUGAGCCGGUGCAUAUGACCCUGCAGGAAGUGCGCCAGUACUUGCAGACGUUAUACUCCAGUUCAUCGGACUCGUCUGAACAUCGUGAGAACAAGGGCGCGAAGGUGGCGAGCCGCAACGGCCUGGUGAACAUUAAUAAUAAUAAUAAAUAUUCUGAUCCGAGUUUGUUGAAGACGCACACGAACAACAACGCCUGCACGCAGGCGAGAAAGAAAUCGACAUUCCUCAUUAAUAUUAAGAAUAAGAAAGUUAAGGAUUUAUGUGAUAAUAAUACUAUUGAUAAGCAGCAGCAGCUGCAAAUAACGAAUAGCGCACUGUCGCCAAUGCGUCAGGAGAAACAGAAGAAGGGCACGGCGCGAGUGUUUUGGCUGAAGCAAACGCUGUGCAAUAUGUUUCGAUUCAGGCGGAUCAUCUCGCCUGUGCACGGCAAAGAGGCGAAGAAAAAUGACACAGACUGCGAGUUCAACUUUCACGAGGGUAUGGAGAACGGCGAGGGAAAUAAAAAUAUCACAAAACGAGCUCUGCCACCGUUGCCGGGGCAGGGGCAGCUUGCGGAGGGAAUGGAUGAGUCGCCCACUUUGGAUUUUACAACAAGUAUACGAAAAGUAAAGGAUUAUGGUUGGUAUUGGGGACCUUUGUCAAGUGAGGCUGCUGAAAAGAUUCUAUCAAAUGAACCAGCUGGAUCUUUUAUAGUUCGAGAUAGCAGUGACGAUCACUAUAUAUUUUCGCUAACGUUUAAAUUAAAUAGUACCGUCAGGCAUGUUAGAAUAGAAAAUGACCAGGGUAACUUUAGCUUUGGGAGCUGUACAAAAUUUAAGUCCCAAACAAUCGUAGACUUUAUCGAGAAUGCAGUGGAGCAUUCGCGUAGCGGUAGAUACUUGUUCUUUCUGCAUAGACGGCCGACCAUUGGGCCGGUACGCGUGCAAUUGUUGCAUCCAGUGUCACGCUUCAAGCAGACGCAGAGCCUACAGCAUAUGUGCAGAUUUGUUAUAUUAAAAAAAGUACGCAAAGAUUUAAUACCCAGUCUACCACUACCGAGACGAAUGAUAGACUACUUGAGCACGCCGCACUAUUACUCGGAGCAUCUGGUGGACAUUGAAGACAUCGAAGAGGACCACUUCCGGGCGCGUUCCAAUGCGCACGAGUCGUCCGAGGAAUACGGCAAUGAGCAGACAAUCGGUCGACACGAUUAGAACGAAUGUUUUUCUACUUAUGAUUAUUAACUGCAAAAUAUUCACGCAAGGCAAAUUAUGGUUCGAUUCUCAAGUUGAAGCUCGUAGUUUUUAAAUUUUGUGUUCAAACCAAAGUUAUACAUUGUGAUCAGUAGAUUUUAGUCGAUAGUUUUAAUGUAAUAAUUUAUUUUGUUUGUGCAACAUGCUAAUUUUAACGUUGCGUCUUAAUACUGAUAAGCGUAGGAUCCACGAUCAGUUAAUUUGCAAGUAUUUAUUUUGAAUCGAUAUUUAUGAGACGGCGGAGAUAAAUAACGCACGGGAAUACGCAUGUAGAUUUAAGGAAUCAAAAGUGACAGAUGAUUGAAUGAAGUCCCAGGUGUCUGGGACAUUGCGUGUGUAUGUACUUUGUAUUGCCAAAGAAACGAUGUCGGAGGAAAAUUACAAUGGAAAAGGAGUUUUUCAUUCUUGAAAUAAAUAGUAAAAGAAA